AGAGAAAGAAACGACGACCAAGGAAUUCAAGAAGAAACGAACGUUGUCCGCUUUGAAACAUUUGAUAUUGCAAAAGGAUGUUGAUCGAUCAAAGACGCAGUCAGAGGUAGAAGGGGCGUGAAGCCCUCCCGAUGUCCCUCAUAAUCUCAUGGCAGAGAAGAAGCAGACAGUAAUGGUGCUUCGAGAGGACGGGGCUACUGCCCCGGGCGUGGCCCCAACCACUGCUGCUGCAUCAUCCUUUUUUGUAGACCUCAAGCCAGGGCAGACCAUUGAAGGAGGCAAAGAUAAGGAAGCUCUGGAGGCUAGUGGAGAACCUGAUGGUGUUAUGAAACCAUCCCUAGGUUUGGUAGCAGGAAGUCCUUAUGCAGUCACUUCCACAUUAUCCUCAGACUCAAACUCUAACCACCAUCCUGAGAAUUUGCCCCCAGAGGCUACAACCAAGGGCAUCACAGUUACUCUGGAUAACAAUAACAUGUGGAAUGAGUUCUUUCGCUGCAAGACGGAGAUGAUUCUAACCAAGCAAGGUAGACGAAUGUUUCCGUCUUGCCGGUAUCGUAUUUCUGGGAUGGAGCCCUUCCAGAGCUACCUCCUGAUCAUGGAUAUUGCUCCAAUGGACAACCAUCGCUAUAAAUGGAGUGAUCAUCGCUGGGAGCCGAAUGGAAAAAGUGAUCCUCAUGUGUCAGGAAGGGUCUUCAUCCACCCAGAGUCCCCUGCUUCCGGUCACUACUGGAUGCAGAGUCCCGUGUCAUUUUAUAAGCUCAAGCUUACGAAUAAUGUCAUGGACCAAGAUGGCCAUGUCGUUUUGCACUCCAUGCAUCGAUACUUGCCGCGGCUGCACAUAGUUCCUGCUGACAAGCAAACCGAUGCAAUCGACGUGAAUGGCCCAGAUGUCAUGACCUUCCUUUUUCCACAAACAGAAUUUUUCGCUGUAACGGCUUACCAGAACCUGAGUAUCACACAACUCAAAAUCGACUAUAACCCUUUUGCAAAGGGUUUUCGGGAAGAUGCUUCCAACUUGCGCAGCUUAAUGCCUAAGCUAGGAUCCCCAAGUGCGUCAGCGGAAGGUGAAAGUAAGAAUGAAAAGGAGCUUGGACCCAUUAAAAACAGUCUCAAAGCGCUGUUUGCAAAAAGGGUCCCUGUUGAAAAAAUCACUAAGGAACAAGAACCUCCAGCCGUGAAGGAGGGUGGGGUUGACUGCGCCAAUAGUAAUUUCCAGCCAUCAGUCGUGAUUGAGAAAAGUAUUGUGAAAAGACGUCCAAGUACCUUGUCUGAGCUGUUUCAAGGGACCCCACUUAAACUGAGAAGGACAGCCCCUGAGAGCAGUGGUCCCAGUAGCACCUUGAAGAAAAAAAACAAUGGCUGUGUUAACACUCGGGCCAGCCUUGAUCCUGAGAAGGCACCGCAAAAGGAUGUACAGUCAAAAUCUGUUGUGAAGGAGGAGUUACCCACAGAUUUGAAAUCAAAGGAGGAUUCUGAACAGGCUCCUGAUGUAUCCAAUUCUGUUCAUGAGCCCACAACUGAUCAUUCAUUUGUUACACAGGAAAAAGGACAGAAGGUUCCCAGCAUUUCAUUAAUGGAGACUGGUUCUGGUAUAAAGGUCGACAACUCCGAAGAAGACAGCCAGAAUAAAUCUGUUCCACAAAAACGAGCAGGUGCUGCGGCUUUACCCCUUCUUGCAUUGUUUUUUCAGCAACUCAAAUCAAAGCCAAAAUCAGGUAAACUCACUCCAAAACCUGAUGAUCCUUUACUCUCUGAAAAGCUCAAAUCACAACCCAAACCUGUCGAUCUUGUCCAGAAACCUGAUACUGCUGGGUCAGCUUGUUCGUCACCCUCAACGAGUAUUGUUUUAAAAUCUAAUUCCACACACCCUUCGGAAUCAUGUACUCAACUGGUUGACACCCAUACCUCACCAACACUGACUCCUGUCUCAUCCAAUAAAACUGUGGAAAGCAUUGCUGUCGAUGCCCCGUCAGAAUGUUUGACAUCUAUAAAAACUGAUAACAAAGCGUUUGUCAAAACAUUCCCUGAAAUCCAGACUUCACUGUUCACUGAGACACAUACAUCACAGUCCACUACAGAGCCCUCUGACACUGACACAGCUCCCACUACAAAAUCUGAUGAACCUAAAUCACAGUCCUCGAUUACAAGUGCCUCUGAAGUCCCUGUGAACCAUUCUACUACCUUUGCCACACCAUCACCAUUGUCAUGUGAAGCUGAUGGCCCUGCCUCAGCACCUGAUUCACCAUCAUCCCCAGUCUUUUCAUAUGGUAGCCCUGCACCUUCAUCUGACCAAGAAUCGGUAGAUCGUCUUCCUGAUGAACUGCUGGAAGUCAGUAAGCAAGACAAUGGCAAUGAAGCGAGUGGUGGAACUGGUGUGGCUUCCCUUGUGGUCAACACUAGCAACCAGGUAUCUGUGGGGAAAAAGCCCAAGGGGAGACCCAGGAAAGGCAGAAAACGCAAACAGCCUGAGGAGCCGCUGGUGGUUAGUGGUCCUACCGACGUCCGCAUGCAACCCAGUCUUGAAGAUGUGGAAGGCCAAUUAUUUGUCUCCUUUACCUCAAAGGAGGCUCUUGCAGUUCAUCUGGAUGACGAUGAUGACGAAUCUCCACCGCCACAAUUGCCUGAGGUUAUGGAAAAGCCAGUUGAAUCCCCUGAGGCCAUGGCUGAACGAAUCGCCUCAUUAGAGAAGGCCCUCGUUCAAGAUUUAAAGGUCAUGAAACACAAACAGGUCAUCCACCCAGUUCUACAGGAAGUUGGUCUGAAGUUGAAUAUACUUGAUCAGAUCUUAGCCAUUGAUCUGGUGUAUUUGGGUGUGGAAUUACCGAUUCCCCCUGCUUCUCCGUGUCCUAGUACAAGCUCAGGGAGUGUGUCAUCACAACUCCCUUUUGUUUCUAGGACUGGAAAAACAACAGAUAUCACCAAAAUCAAAGGCUGGAGGGAUAAAUUUGCCACACCAGACCCUAAAGAGUCACCUCCUGAAGGUGGUAACAGCUCAGAUGCAACACUGAAGAAUCGGUCUGCCUUCUGCAGUGACAUGCUAGAUGAGUAUCUGGCCAGUGAAGGAAAGCUCAUAGACGAGCGUGUGGCCAGUUUCUCCACGGGCAUCGUCACCCCUGUUUCUUACCAGAUGCCCACCAAAAGCAGUAGUUACGUGCGGACACUGGACAGUGUGCUGAAGAAGAGGGCACCCGCAUCAGUCACUCCCACCCCCAAAUCUGUUCCACCUGUUACCCCAGCUGCCUCCCAAACCAAAAAGGCCAAGGUAACUCCGAAGACGCAGAAGUCAGGAGCAAGCACGGCUCGCAGGUCAUCCAGGACAACCACUCCCAAGGCAAACCCCCCAACAGCUCACCCAUCUUCGUCCACAACUGAUACUCAAGACGCCCUUGUCAGCAAAAAGUCAUCAUCCAAGGUCAAAAACACCCUAAAGCCACCAAGAUCAGAGACGCUGUCAAUCAAGGCUGCAGUGAAGAGUAACACUGGAGUCACCAAGGCUGGUCAGUCAGACACCAAGGCAGGUAGCUCUGUCUGGGGGCGUGAUGUGACCCUGCCUCGCACUGUGUUGAAGCUGCUGGAGGUGGAAGAUGGAUCGGUGUGGGAAGGGAAAGAGCGCACAUUUGUUACAGAGGAGCGGGCCUCCAUUGCACUAGCAGCCCUAGCGUCUGCCAUGGGAGUUGUAGGGGAAAACAAGUCGGCCAUGCCAAUCAUCAAACGUCGAGCACCACCCUGCCUCCGUGCCCACUGCCGUCUGGGCUGUGUGUGUGCCAGCCUGGUCCAGGAGCGGCGCCACAACCACUGUGGAAAACCAGAGUGCAUGCUGGGAUGCAACUGCCUUCGGCAUAAAGUUGUUUUGCUCAAGAGCUCCAAGCAUGAGGAGACGACUGAGGGCUCUAGAGAGUCUCCAGUGUCUCAAACCUUGACGGAGGACGAGGAGGGCUCCAUCAAAAUGAAGAGGAAGAAGAAGAAAAAGAACAAAUCUCUGGCUUAUGUGCUCACAGACCCCCCAGUAACCUCAGAGCCAGCCACUCGUGUGAGAACAAUCUGGAAGGCUGAAGAGGCCGACGCUGAUCAAGAUGAGCUGCACAUCCCCACUCCAGUCUACCUCCCCUGCCCUCUACGUUAUGAUAUUAAAUCAGACUCUGAGGACGUGGACAACGAUGAGGGCAUGAUGACUUGUGCACGUAUCCGGCCCUAUGAAGGCAAGACCUCAAAGGAGUCUAACAGAAAGGAAGAGAACAUGUCCGUAGACUCAGCAGAUGACUGGACACCAGAGGCAGGUACAGAAAGCAGGCUGGAGUCAGAAGAGAAUAGUGAACAAGAGGAGAGUGGUCAUGGUGAUGAGCCAGAGCCUGGUGAGUACACACAUGGCCCCUCCAAGCGUCUGGAAGUCGUGUCCGAAUGCAACUGGGACCGACGGACAGACCGCACGUACAUCAUGCGGGUUCUGUGCGAGCACAUGGACAAGGACCGCCUGAAGACGCCCUUCUGGAUCGGCAAAUACCGCAUCCAGCCCAUCUCGCAGACUGUGGUGGAUGAGGGCCAGGGUCCCUGCGUCAACUACAAGGUCCUCAUCUCACAGCCGCAGCUUGGCUUACUGAAGGAUAAGAUCCAGACUCGUAUAGAGACCAACACACCGGCUGCACCUGUGGAGAAAGCUGCUCCUGCUCAACAGAAGCCCGCGGAACAGCAGAAACCAGCAGAACAGCAGAAGCCAGAUCCAAGGCCAAAACCCACACCUGAGCCGAAGAUUGAGCCAAGACCAAAGCCCAGAGUGAUGGAGCCCUUGCCCAAACUAAAACCAGAUCAAGGCCUCCCUUUCCUGGCUGGUGUCCCUACAGCGGGUCUGCUUAUUGCCCAACAAAAAAGUGGAGAAGGCUGUCCUGUCACGGUGAAUGGAAAACCGUACCCUAAAGCCAGACUACAGCUUGGUCACAUGGGAGCACUUCACCCAGCCAACAGGCUUGCUGCAUACAUCACAGGCCGUCUGGACCCUGUGAAUCUACCAGGGUAUCCAAAAUCUCAAGCCCAAGCUACAAGCACGGGCAAUGGCACAGUUGCAACUACUGCUAGUGAUGCAGUGGUUACCUCUGUCACUACAACAACAGCAACUUCUCUGCUUCAAAAAUCCACAGUGACCAAGCCCUCUGUGGGAAAGGUCUACACCCAGUUUGUGGUCAACCAGCUCUGCUCCCAGCAGCAGAAGCUGCCGUGCACUGGGGGUGCUCAGCUGUUGGGCAGUGUUCAGAAAGUAGUCUUAUCUUCCAACCCCGUGGUUGUGGUGGGCCACCAUGUUGCCGCCCAGAGUACCCAAAAAGAACAAGGGUCUGGGGGCAACAAAGGACCUAUCGUCGUCACUCUGUCUCCAAGCAAACAGGCCCCACAGAAGGGCUCUGUUGGCACCUUGGCGUCCUCGGUAUCCUCGGUCACAACAGCUGUUACUACCACUACUACUACUACAACCUCUGGAGGCACCUCAGAUGGGGCAUCUCAACUCCAGGCGGUACUGAAAAUCGUUCCUCGCCAGCAGCCAGGAGGGGUGUCCACUCCAGCUGUUAAGGCCGUCACCCCAGCAACAAUUGGAGCCCGAAAUAUUGUGACCCAGAACACCAAUCGAGUCUUGCUUCAGCCAGUUCGAACCAGCUCUGGGGCAACCCUCUACCGUAACCCCAACGGCCAGCUUGUUCAGCUCGUGCCCCUUAGCCAGCUGCGGAACCUUAAACCCAAUUUUGUGCUGAAAGACCAGAAAGCUUUUGUGCGGUUACCCUCUCCAGUUGGCCUUGGAACCAAACCCAGAGGACAAACCCAGAGCGCUGUUUCUACACCUGUAACAAACACCUCAGGUGUACCACCGGCCAUUGCCACCCCGACCAGCUCCUCCUCAGUCGCAUCAGUCUCAAGCCAGAAGCCAAUCACAACCAGUGCUCUGAGCGCUUCAGGUUCAACUACUAGCACUUCCCCACCAAAAGCAGCUAAGGUCCUCUCCCUGUCUGGCUCCUCUGCUUUCGCCAUCAAAAAAACAGUCUCAUCUGCGCUCAAAGGAGCUCCAGAGUUCUUAGGGGACACUGGAACCCACACUGUGAGGAUUUUGCCAACCAGUCCUGGAACUCAAGGCUCUCUGGCUCGGGGGGCAGCUAAAAUUGGAAGUGGAAGUUUUACCUUGCUUCAACCACCAACCAAGACCAGUAUAGCUCUUGAUAAAGUUAAAGUCUCAGUUGCCCCCGUAUCAAGCAAACCUCCACUGGUGUUGGUUGUGGACAAACCCACAGCAGUUCCUGUGGUAGAAAAACCUGCCACAGAUCCUUCACUGAGUAAACCCUCACCAGUUCCUGUUUUGGACAAACCUCCAGCAGUAUUGCUGGUACAUAAAUUUGCAGAAUCCAAACCAACAACAGCGUCGGGACCUUCAGCCUCUACAGUCCUUACAUCGGUGAAAACUCCAGAAAACCAGAAGCUGUCAGACAAAUCUCCAGAGGUUUUGGCAGUCCCAGAUCAGGACAAACCUCCAACAUCUGUAGUUCCAGAGAAACCUUUAGCGACAGACAAGUUGACAACAGUCCUUUCAUCUAACAAUGCUGAUAAACUACCUGAAGGCCCUGUGUUGGACAAACCCGAUGUGGUACCUGCAUCAGGCAGUUCUGCAUCUGUGAAAAACGGACAGGAAAGCAUUGUCGCAGAUACCACAGCAGAGGGUUCUCUUGGAUCCCCAAUAGAUCUCUCUGCAGACCAUAGCUAUUCCAGUGAUUCGGGUCUGACCAGCCCAGUUAAAGCUGAUCAGCCGAAGCCGACUGGUCCUACCAACAACACUCUACCUGAAGAUGGGAAUACCCCCUCUGUCGAAACCUCAAAGGGAAACCCCUCUGUCUCUUUCCGGAGCAACCAUAUGCAGACUGAAAAGACUCUCCCCGAUGGUGAGCCCAUGCUAUUUAAGGAGAUGCUGGAUCUAGCACUACUAAGCCCCUCGGUGGAUAAAGUAGACACUAUACACAUUGACAGCGACGACCAUGAAGAUGAGGAUUGUGUUGUUGUGUCAGAAAAGAAGCCAGCAAUGGAGGAAGGAGAGAUUGGCUCAGAUGUUGAGAUUGUGGGAGACACUUUCAUCCUGACUGAUGACUCUGAUAUGGACUCGGAGACGGAUGAGUCUGUUUGCGUGAUCAGUGAUUAUAGUGAUGAGGACAACACUGUUGAUGUUGAGACUGUGGAUGUGUCAACUAUGUCACAUAACUCUGUUACAUUACGUCAGAAGAGGGCGCCCAUUUUGGAAAGGGCUCGAAGGCUUGAAGGCCACAAACACAAUGAGAGGCUGCGCCGGAACUUCAUGAGGCAGUCUUUCAGUAAGCUGCACCUGUCGCUGAGUAUCUCUGACCCCAAGCCAUCCAAAAUAUGCAUCAUCCAAGAGGCCACAAAACAAAUUCGUGAACUUGAAACCCAGGAAUUUUACUUGAGAACUGAAAAACAUGUGCAGAUUAAAAAGCAGAGGUUAUACCUCAAGAAGAUCUCAGAGUCCUCAGGGAAGUCUGAGGAGAUGAUUCUAAAAAAGCUACAGGAGAUCAGCAGCAGGCAGAAGGUCAUCGAGGAACAGAGAAAGCGGAAACAACAAUUCCCUGAGUCAACACUACCGAAAGAACUAAUGGUCUGCCCACCAGUCCCCAGCUCUGAAAAAUCCACUUCCUUCACUCCUUCAGCCACGGUAGGCUCCGAACAAGGCCCUCAUGCCAAGCGUCGGCCUGCCCAGCGGCCUACCCCUCCCCCAACCUACCAGGCUCCUUUGAUACCUCCGGGUCCAGAGAAGCGGACUAAAAUACUGCCCAACAUCCUCAGUAAGAAGUCCAGAGUCCCUCCAAUAGAACCCCCAGCAGUUCCGCCAGCAGUUCCGCCACCAGUGCCCACUUCAGCGUUCGCGGUCAUUAACCCAAUGUUGCCUGGCCAGCAGAUCAUCACGCUGUCCAACCCCCUGCACUCUCUCCUGCCCCUGGCAUCCCUUUCCAGCCUCCCGGGUCACAAGUCAUCUACGCCAGGUGUCGCUGCGGUGAGCAUCAGAGUCCCAGCUGUGCCAAAGGCCAUUCAGCUAGAGGGAACUCAUUCCCUUGCGUCCGACCAAACUCCAAACGUGGACAAACCAGCAGCGAAUGCCGUCUGUCUACCCAAGAUAUUGACGGUCAUGUCCCUGGUACCUGCCGUUGAAAACUCGGUCACUGGUAGUAAUAUCACAGUCCAGGAGAAGACUGAUCCUGCUGUCUGCCUACCCCUGGCCCCAGUCAACACACCAGCCCCUCCGAGUACAGAUGACCUGGAAGAGGGAGAGGUCCCGGAUGGGCCGCUGACCACGGUCAGAGAGCUCACCGCUCAUCUGAAGGCCUCAGCUGACCUAGAAGGUGACGAAGAAGAGGACGAAGGAGACGAGGAGGAAACCAAUGAAGCGUUGAGGAAAGAGGGGAAUGUCGACCCCACGCUGAUGUCGCUGCUCAAUGAGAUUGUGUUCCUCAACCAGCAGUUGGGCAGCGAUGGGUCCAAGCCGUCCACUCCGGGUGACGUCCCGCCAGCAGAGCCUGGUGAGGUCCUGGUGGACCGGCCGGCGGGUGUGGCACUGGACGAUGAACGUUCCCUCAGCCCUUUGUUCCUCCGCCUGGACGAUGAUUCCGCGACCUCCACCCCAACGAAAUCUAGUGACAAACCCCAUAGGGCAGUGGAUGAUCCUGUCAAAGCAGCAGUCGGAUCAGAACCAGUCGUGAAGGUCGCGCCCGCUUCCGGGCCCACUCCGCUGCUCACCCCUGCGCCGGUCCUUUCCACAACCACAAACGAACAGAAUCCACCAACAACGCCUGGCGCUGUCAAAGGUGAUUCAUUGGCCCCGCCACCUCUCCUGCAGAUGAAGGCAGGAAGUGUAGCGCCACCUGUGGCCCCGUCACUCAAAGACAACUUGUCAUGGCGACCUAUGCCCAAACUUGUUCCUUUGGGCUUGAAGGCCGCACCACAGGCAUCUCUAAGUCGGGGAACUGGCUCAACCCAGUAGACGUUGACCUUGUUUAGUUUUGUUUUGGUUUGGUUUUGGGGUUUUUUGGUAGCGAAGCAAUCAGGGAUUUGUUCUUAAUCUGAUGUAUAUUUAAAUUGACGGAAGAGAGACACUCAUGUUUGUGUGUAUUUUUGUUUCUGUUUGGCUUGUUUUUUAAAACAAGUACUACCUGAUGUGCCUACCUGCUUAUCCCAAAGACGUGUUUGUCCUAAUUUCAGUAAUAUAUCAUAAAACAGGGAAAACAUACGCAUCUUAAGAUGAGGAAGAUACAGAAAAUUCAGAAAGUAUAGGAAAUACUUGAACCUGCUGCUUUUCUUUUGGUUUGUGUUGAAUCUUUUUUUUUUUUUUUUUUUUUAAAAAAAGCUUAUAUAUUGUUUAGUUUUUUUGGUGUUUCAGUUACAGUUGUUUUUCCUCUUGUCAGAAAGAGGACAUGCAAUACAUAACAACCUACUUGAAACAUGAGAUGUAAAUGGCUUGUACGAAGUAGUUAUGCCUCUGAGAUGGAGUUGUGUUCAUAUGGCACUUUUUCUUCUAAACAUUGUUUGCAUUUUUAUGUAGGUGUGGUGGGGUCUCUCCAUAUUGGAGCAGAGACCACCUUUAAAACAUAGGUGAUAACUAAUAGGAGAUAACUAAGCUAGUUCAAAGAUGAAUGUAAGUUUGACGGGAUAGGUUUAGCCUUUGGGUGUGAGUCACUGCUCCCUUUGUUACACUUGAAACUGUACAGCAAUUAUUCACAUCACAACAGUGUAAGAAAGGCCGUGCCCCUUGUGACUUUGUACAAACAUCUGUAGGGAGAUGCAGGGGCAGUUGACCUUUUGUGUGGACAUUUGUUUGUCCAAUGAAAUGUGAAGCGUUAAGAGCUUGCCUAUCUUAACACUUCACAUCAUCUUUUAUCAUGAUUUUGAGAAACAUACACUAUGAAGCCCUUGAGGAUGGCAAUGUUUUAACACUAAUAAUGCAAUAAUACUUCAGUAUAGUUCUCAGUAUGGCGUCAUGCCUUUUGUGCUUGUUCAUCUUUUUACCCUUUGCUUGCUGGCUCAGAGAAGUGUAGGUUGUUAUCACUGCAGUUAUCAGUGGUCCACCAUAGUUUGUGUGUAAGAUUUCAAAGGGACUCGGACAAGUUUGUGAAUCACCACCUAUCAAAAGAUUUUAGUCAAGCAAUCCAUCUCUAUAAUUGGUUGGUUAAUGGUGAAUUAUGCCCUACAACUUUCUUUGCAGUCUACUAGGGUAUUGAAUUAUUGUACAAAAUAAUGCACAGUUAAAACGCAUAGGAACCCCAUCACCAGUGUUCUCUACGUAUCCAUACAGUUUACUUUCAGUCAUUCCUAAAAGCAACCUGAGCAUACCGACACCGUGUGGGUUAUUGUCGUUUCACUAUAGGAUAAAUUCCUUAUGCAAGUCUCGUGUUCAGUUUUUGCAAUCUUUGGUUGCAGAAGUACAAAGUGCAUAUCUGUGUGUAAAUAUCUUGAGAGGGUCAUUGCCUAUAGUUCAUUACUGUGAAUACUGCAAGAUUUAGCAUGUACAUUUUGUCAGUUUUUGUAUGUUUAUCGGUCACAAUAAGAAUUGUUUGGGGUUUCCUCAAUGAAUAAGCCUGAUAUGUCCAGUAUGUGAUGUUUGUUUAUACUCUAAAAGAAAACGAUCUGUAAAUAAAGAGGGUUGUGUGCUGAUUUUUGUACUAAGCUUGAAAAUAUUUUUGUAAGAUGUCCAUAUGUAGACAGUGUUACACUGACUGACAGACCAGAACAAGAACUGAAGUGUCCUUGAUGAGUAAAUAAAGGUGUAUGUUAAACUUG